AUGCCGUCGACACCCAACUCUACCUCACCUCCUCUCUUCCUCCUGGACCUAUCCGCAGCCUUUGAUACCAUUAGUCACACCACACUCCUCCACUGGCUUUCCACGACUGGAAUCAACCGCACCCUGUUGAACUGGUUAUUAACCUACCUUUCUGAGCGCACCCAAUAUACCCAACUCAAGUCUAUACCCUCCCCAGUUACCUCUGCUCUGACCAAUCAGAAUAUCGCCUGUGUGGUCUUCGAAAGUAGCUCCUGCAAGGGAGAGCGUCACGACUCAGAUGCUGUUGAGGAGAGAAACGCCCAGGUUCAGUUGGAGAAAGCGAAGUACCGGCCUGUGGCUUUUGCCGUACGCUGCAACUUCUCCUAUACACCAGCAGAUGAUGACAACGUGCCCGUGCCGGGUCAGGCCGUCACUUUUGAAGCGCGAGACUUCCUCCACGUCAAAGAGAAAUUCAACAACGAAUGGUGGAUCGGGCGGCCGGUGAAGGAGGACAGCGUGGUUGGCUUCAUCCCCAGUCCGGUCAAUCUGGAGACCAUCCUGAUUAGAAGAGAAGUUCAAGCCAGGAAGGCAGCUAAGGCCCUAGCCAACAAAGCGUCAUCACAAGCAGCUCAAGAUAUGAAUUCAAAGAAAUACACGCCUCCUUCGCAAGCCAAUCAGCAGGUGAAAAAGAAGCCGGGGGAGCAUGUGUCCAUGUACGAUGUAGUGCCGACCAUGCGUCCUGUUGUUUUAAUGGGACCAUCACUCAAAGGCUUAGAGGUGACAGACAUGAUGCAAAAAGCUCUUUUUGACUUUUUGAAACAUCGAUUCGAAGGCAGAAUCACAAUUACACGGGUGACAGCGGACAUCUCUUUGGCCAAGCGCUCCAUACUCAACAAUCCGGGGAAAAAAGCCUUAAUUGACCGCACCAACACCCGCUCCAAUUUAGAUGCUGCUGCCCAGAUACAAGGGGAGGUGGAGCGCAUAUUUGAACUGGCCCGCAGCCUACAGUUGGUGGUGCUGGACGCGGACACCGUCAACCAUCCCUUACAAGUGUCGAAGACCUCCCUGGCCCCCAUUCUUGUCUACGUCAAGAUUUCCUCUCCUAAGGUGUUAACCAGGCUGAUCAAAACCAGGGGAAAGUCUCAAACUAAACAUCUAAACGUUCAGUUGGUGGCUGCAGACAAACUCGCACAGUGCCCGCCGGAAAUGUUCGACGUCAUAUUGGACGAGAACCAGCUGACAGACGCCUGCGAGCACAUUGCAGACUAUCUGGAGUCAUACUGGAGGGCCACGCAUCCUCCCGAGAUGGAACCCACAAACAAUCUGGUGGCUCGGCUGGCCGAGAACACGCUGCCCACCAGUCCCACCGCUAUACCGGAUGAGCAAAAAAACAAGAAGUCGGCCGCGCCCAAGAGGAAGGGUCCCCACGAGACCUCCUGCCAGGAAAUUCUCCCCUCGACCCAGCAGCAGCAGGAACCGGACGAGGGUCGACGAGAGGAUGACGAAGAGGAGCAUCUUCUGAGUCGCGAAACAAAGCGAGCCCAGCACUCUCGCCACCACCACCAUCAUCAUCAUCAUCACCACCACCACCACCGCAGAACAGAGGCCAGUCACACCCAGAGACUGGAAGAGGAGGAGGAGGGAGAAGAGGAGGAUAGACACUAUGACCACCAUAACCGCCACCAUCAUCAUCACCAUCAUCAUCACCGUGACGACGACUAUGACCAGCACAGGCCUCUCCAACAUUACAUGGCUGAUCACAAUUACCACCACGGCAGAGAGAAAGAGCGAGAGAGGCUCCAGGCCAGGGACCAAAGCAGGGACGUCAGGCUGAGCCACAGGGACUCGCAUUUACACUAG